UUUAUAUGCGAUCUUUGAGUUAACUAACUACACUACUGACACUUGUUGGGAUGUAUUUAUUCCUGAGUGUGAGCAUCAAUUUACUGAAUUACCGGCAGAUGAGGAAACUACGACUGACGUCGGCUGACAAUUUUAAAAUAUAUGGUGUUGUUAACUAUCAGUUAAAGUCAUAAGGUGGAUAAGGAAGGACCUAAAUACCAGGACUGAACCACCAGUCUGAAAUCCCUCCCCUGGACUGCUGCUAUCUUCAUAUUCCACUAGACUGAGGUCACGUGACUGCUCUGACGUCAAGCUGGGCAGGCAGGCAGAGGAGCGAGUUGGUUUGUGGGCUUUUAACAAACCUCCUGCUCAAACUAGGAGUCUCUGAGAGUCUGUCAGUGUCGAUGAGCUCCGUCUUUCUGAUUCACUCAUAACUCUUCUCCUCCCUCCCCCCCUCCACUGCUCACUGAUCUCCUUCUCUCCCGCUCUCAUCUUUGUUUCCUUUUGCUGCACUCCUUUAUUCUUGCCUGUUGCUUCUGUUGCUUCCUCUGCAGCUGCUGCUGACACAAACUUAGUUUAGGGAGAAAGUGCUGGGUGAUGGACUGCUGAGCGGCUUUUACGUUGCUACAGUGUGAGCUGUGUACAGAGUGAUCAACAGGACUGACAGACAUGGGGAAGCAGAACAGCAAGCUCCGUCCUGAGCUGAUGCAGGACCUGCUUGAGAGCACCGACUUCACCGAGCAUGAGAUCCAGGAAUGGUACAAGGGCUUCCUGAGGGACUGCCCCAGUGGAAACCUGUCCAUGGAGGAGUUCAAAAAGAUCUACGGCAACUUCUUUCCUUACGGGGAUGCCUCAAAGUUUGCAGAGCACGUCUUUCGCACAUUUGACGCUAAUGGCGAUGGGACAAUAGACUUCAGGGAGUUUAUCAUCGCACUCAGUGUGACGUCACGUGGGAAGCUGGAGCAGAAGCUGAAAUGGGCGUUCAGUAUGUAUGACCUUGACGGGAAUGGAUACAUCAGUAAAGCUGAGAUGCUGGAGAUUGUACAGGCAAUCUAUAAGAUGGUGUCCUCUGUGAUGAAGAUGCCCGAGGAUGAGUCGACACCAGAGAAGAGGACAGAGAAGAUCUUCAGGCAGAUGGACACCAACAGGGAUGGCAAACUGUCUCUGGAGGAGUUCAUCAAAGGAGCCAAGAGUGACCCAUCCAUCGUCCGCCUGUUGCAGUGUGACCCCAGCAGUGCAGGACAGUUCUAAACCUGAGGCACCUUCAAAACCUUGCUUGUUUAGGUGACUCUAAAUGCCCUUUACUCUCCACCACGGAGCAGACUGAUGAUGAAGGAUGAUGACGCUGAUGAUGAUGAUGAUGAUGAAGAAGACGGGCCUUUCAAUUUGCACUGAGGUCUUCAAAGACGGGCACAGGAGCUUUUUUUCCCCACCACAAGCUGUUUAAUUAAAACUUCCAAACCCUCACAGAGACAGAACAUGAAGACUUUCCCUAACCCACAUCAGGUUUUCUUCUCACCCCACUGAUUGUAACGGACCCCCUCAGUUCUCCUAUAGGCAUGUUCCGAGUAUAAAGAAGGUCCAAAGUAUGUUGUGUAUAUAUAUGUGUGUGUGUGUAUAUAUAUAUAUACACAGUGUAGACUGUAGUCUCGUGUCUUUGCUUGGCUCGCUGUGCCCUCGCAGGCCGCAGCUCCCGGGGCGACCUCAAGCCUCUGUCACUCUAACGUGUAUCAUAGACACAGUGUGUGCAUGAGACGACAGGAGAGAGAUGAUGUUGUGUAGUUACAGGUCGCACUGUAGGUGCGAUCAUUUAAUCUACAGAGAGGACUUCACUCGGAACGAGUACCGCUUCUAGUUUUCUCUUUUUCUACUGUGUGAAUGUGUACGCAUGUUUGUGUAUUUUUGCAAACUCGGUAGAUUCUUGGGUUGUUUGUUAUUUUUGUGCUGGAAUGACGACGACGACGAUGACAUGUCAUAUUUAUGCGACUAUGCAUAUUCACCCUCAUCAGUAGUUUGGUUUGGUUAAGUGUCAGAGCGGUUUAGAGAUGCGGUGUCACCUGCCCCUCGAUCCUUUAGGAAAAAAAAAAACUAGUCUUUUAAAAGUGUUUUGAGUAGUGUAGAUAUUUUAAAGUGCAACUGUCAUUUGUAAAUUCACAUUGUCCAGAAUGCUUAGUUAAUAAGAAAUGUGAAAUAAUAAUGAUAAUAAUAAUAGAUGAAAAGAAAAACCUGUCGGUGUAUUUUAGCUGUUGCGGGAUAUCAAGCAUGCGUUUUUUUUUUUAUUAAGCAGGCUUUUUUUUUUUUUUUACAUGUGAAGAACAAACACACGUCUUCACUUUCAGGUGUGUUGAAAUGCUGCAUGUUGAAUCCGUCUUCGGGACAGUUGGGUACAGCGGUCUGUAGACUAAAUAUUACAUAUGCAUGUGACUCGUGCGCAUGUGUGUGUUCUUGGCUCGUGUCCAGCUGUGUGCUCAACUCUGUGUGUUGUCAUGAGAACCAGAACGUCGGCGUUAGGGGACGAGUGUGGACGGCGGUUGAUGACGAUCGCCGACAAUAUGAAGACACGCCAUUAAAUCAGAGCUCGGUCAAAAAAAGUCUCAAUCCUGAGUGUGUUUUGAACAAAACGGCAUAUAUAUGUGUAUAUAUAUAUAUAUAUAUAUAUAUAUAUAUAUAUAUAUAUAUAUAUACACACAUACACAUACACAUAUAUAUAUUGAUAGUUUAGAAUAUUAAGUUCUCACAUCUCCUUCUUUCUCCACUCUGCAACUGCAGCAAGACACUGUGUUUACAUGGACUACAACAUCUGAUAUUAAUCUGAUGAAGACACAGAGUACCGUGAUCUGAAAAUCUAGUAAUUUUAUGGACAUUUUUACACUCACUGGCCACUUCUUUAGGGUAUCAUGUGUUACAUAAUGAAGUGUCCAGUGUGUGGUCUUCCCCCUGCCUGCUGUAGCUCAUUUGAAUCAAGGUUUGAGGUGUCCAGAGAUGGUCUUCUUCAUACCUUGUCGUCUUUCUAUCGUCUUGAACCAGUCUGGCAUUUCUGCAACUCCCUGGAUUUUCUCGCUCACGCUCUCUUGUCUCUCUAAACUGAGAUGGCUGUGCAUGAAAAUCCUAACAGAUUAGAGUUGUUUGUCUGGCACCAACAUCAGUUCACGUUCAAAGUCGCUUAAAUCACCUUUUUUUUUUUUCCUCCCCUCAUUCUUAUGGUCUGUUUGAAUCUCGGCAGCUUGACCAUGUCUUACUUGAGCAGGUGUACCUAAUAAAGUGGCCAACAUAUGUCUUAAUCAGAUUAUAGCUUCCAAUUUGAGGUCCCACAGCAGUGGGUGCACAGUAGAUGUUAACU